CCUGCAUUUGACGCCCAGAAUUACCACCUAAGAAUAAUGGGAGACGCUGCCAACCUGCAGGUGCCAUUCGCCUAUCCUCCCCAACAACCAGGGCCGCCUUCAACUCGCAAUUGGUACCAGGAACUCCUUGACCAGCCCGAAUGCGCCAACGAUCCCGCCAAGAUACAAGAAGCCUACGAAUACUUCCGGACAGCAAGCCUGGAGCGAUCGAUUGGUUUGUUUCUUCCGACCAGGCAAACUGACGCCGAAGGCGACAUUAGUCGUGAGCUACCAGCGCCCCAGCGCAUCACCCCGGAUGAGGCGCUCGUCCGCUACCUCGAGCUGCAGCAUGGCGGCGCAGAAGGAGCGCACGAGAUCGAAGAGCUCAGCAAGGAGGAUGUGAAUUGCUUGGUCAUCUGGACGCGCCCUGAUCCUCCGACUAUGGACCUGCUUGUGGACAUCCAGCGCCGUCUUUCGGAUUUCGUAGGGCUGGACCUCCACCUCACCCCGAAGUCCUCCCUCCACCUAUCCAUCAUCGAACUCUCCCACCGCCAUCCAGUCUCCCAUCUCCGCUCGGUUUAUACCUACAUGGGUGACUCCCGGCUCUCCCAGCUCCUCGACAUUCCUAGGAACGAAUACAAUCAACAUCAACACAUCGCCCGCCUCGUCAAUCCGAAGCUCCUCUUCGACAAACUAGGCGUGGCGAUCAGUUUUGUCCCAGCGGCUGACGAUGCGUAUACCUAUCACCACCUCCGGAAUCAGCUACAUACCAUGGCGCUGAGCACCGGUGUGAGUAUCGAUACGUGCUAUACGGCUCCGAUCGCGCAUGUCACUCUGGGUCGGUUUGUGGGGACGGGGUUCUUGAACGGAGGUUGGGGUCGUUCUGGGGAUGAGGGGAGAAGGGAAGAUGUGGAGAAGGAGGUUAUGGAGCGGUUGGUGGGUUUGAUCGAGGAGAUUAAUAAGGAGUUGGAAAGCGUGUCCUGGGGUGAGUUUGUGUGGGAGGUUGGCAGGCGGGCGGCGUUGGAGGUUCAAUUGGGUUAUAUCAAGUUUGGGCGCAGGGUGGAGGAGGCGGAGAUUGUGGGGGAGCCGAUUGGGAUGUGAGGUUUGAUUGUGGUGGCUGAGAUAGAGAAAUAGAGUUGCAAAAGGAC